AUCGUAGUCGUUGUCGUCUGCACAGUCGUCGUGCAUUCACGUCCGCAAUCGCGAGUUGGAAACACUACCGGUGCCCGAGCUUCAGCGACGACGGAUAUACGCCGAUUUUUUUUAUAUACUUACUUAGGCCGACGCGAUUUCAAAGAUACACGCGGUGUACUUAGUACGUUGUACGUUAUUAUACCUUCAGCCAUAGUCGACGACGACGUGCUGUCUUGUGCCGAAUAUUUAUCGACUCGACGGAUUCAACACACGCCAUAUACGCCGAUCCAUACCGUGUUACCUGUACAGCUAUAUCGUAUAUACGUAUAGUAUAUACGUACCUCACCCAAGGCAGUAUACAUACGCCCACACACUUAUCGAUCCGAUCCGUCGUAAAAAUAUUACUAAACCGCGGACUUCCACACAAAUGACAAGAUGAAACGCAAUUGGAUUAAAAAAGAUCAUUUGUGGUGCCUUUUCUUGGUACUUGCAGUCUCUCAAAUAACAGGAUCUAGUUCAAAAACCGUCAACCAGGUCAAAUUACCGAUUCCGACCAAAGAGAGUCUACCGCAAGUGGCCGAAGCAUUAAAUGCAGCUAAAUAUUUGGUAGACAACGAUGAACUGGAGAAGAACUUUGAAGGACGGCGAGAUAAUUAUAAGAGAUCACCCAGGAAAUUGGGAACCGAUGAUUUGGACAAGAACUCGGAACUACAAGAGUAUCAAGGAGUCAUUGGACGUCCUGGUGUUGACUUUCCAAUAUUGCCAUCUAUACCUCAAACCGAUUUCAGCUGUAGGAAGGUGAAGAAACCCGGUUACUAUGCUGAUCCCGAAACUGACUGCCAAGUGUUCCACAUUUGUGAUAAUGGAAGGAAAGUAUCGUUUUUGUGUCCAAACGGUACGGUUUUUCGUCAAUCACAUUUAAUUUGUGACUGGUGGUUCCGAGUGGAUUGUGAAAGAUCAAUUGAAUUAUAUGAAGAGAGUGCAGAACAGCUUGCAACUGACCAGCGAGUUUUUAAAGAGCGUGCCGAAACAUUGGCCAAAGCUAUGUUAAAAGUGCAAACAACACCUCAAACGAGCGAUAGUGAUCGUUUUGUAACAGAACGUUCGUUUGGUCCGAGUACAACUAUUUUUAAUUCCGAAAGCCGACUACCUGACCGUGCCAGAUAUUUCAAUGGUUAUUCAAGAGACGAAAAUCAAGUUCCCGCUGAAACGGGUUCAUUCGUUGGAAAACAGCAACAAAAUAAUUUCAAUAAUUACUAUCCACAGUCUAAAACACCUGCACAAAGCUGGAACCAAGGUAAUUAUCAAACACAAUCUUCGACAACAGCACAACCAACUUGGAAUAAUAACUAUCAAAGUGGUAUUUAUCAAUCCCAGUCAACAAUAACUCCACAGCCAACCUGGAACCAAGCUUCUAAUAACAAUUAUCAAAAUAACUAUCAAUCACCACCUGUAACAACUGCACAACCGCCCAUCGUUCAAGGAAUCAAUAAUGUUCAAUCUGGCUAUCAACCACAAUUCACUACAAGUUCUCAAUCAGUUCAAGGUGCUACUGGUUCACAAGUAGUUUACCAACCACAACCAACUACUGCUGGAUCUCAAACAAACUGGAACCAAAAUAGCAAUAAUUAUCAAGCUGGAAAUUAUCAAACACUGCCCACCACAGCAGCAACACAAAUUAACUGGAAUAAUCGUGGUAACAACGGUGUUAGAACUGAUAAUUAUCAGUCUUUUACACCUUCGACAACACAACCGAAUUGGAGCCAAAGCAGUAGUAGUAACUAUCAACCUGAAAACUAUCAAUCACCGUUCACAACAGCAGCCGCUCAAAAUAAUUGGAAUAAUCAAGGUUCCAAUAAUAUCCAAACUGAAAAUUAUCAAACAACACAAUCAACAACACCAACACCAGUAAACUGGAAUAAUCAAGGUUCCAAUCACUUAGGAACUGUAAAUUCUCAAAAACAAGUAACAACAACCGUUUCACAAACUAAUUUUAAUGGAGCUAUUAAUAAUCUACAAUCAAAUGGUUACAAUUCACAACCGACAACAACAAUACAACCAGAGUGGAACCAAGAAUCUGAUACCAUCCAGCCCAAUCUAUUUGAAUCUAUUCAACAAUCCUAUCAACAACCUACUACUAUUUUUCCAGCCGAUAACGAGCAAACCAUCCCUGCCAAGGAAAGUCAAGUACCCGCGGAAUCCGCUUCAUUUGUAGAUCACCAAAACUCGCCUCGUUUUAAUUUCCAACCAGAAAAUUAUUACACACAAGCUCCUCAGACAAAUUUACCACCUACUACGUAUCCAGUAACAAGUUCUUAUACAAACGAUUAUUCACCAAACGGAGCUUUCUCAUUUGUAGAUUAUCAAAGAUCACCUGAUACUUUUGUCGUAAGAGAUAGCGCAACUCAAGCUUCUCCAGUUAUGACUACAGUAUUGGACUAUACUUCUGUUGAUAAUUCCACAUUACCACCGUCUGGAGAGACAUUAAUACCGAAUAUGAUAAACUCAUUACAAACACUAACUGAUAAUAAUUUAUUCUUUGACUUGGAUGGACAAAACAAUUAUCCUUCACAAACGAAUACCGUCGAUGAACUGAAUUCUGUCGCAUUGUAUUUUAAUAACGUUAAAAAUCCACAAGUGACCACUGUUGCUAGUGACUUGCAAUUUAAUCGUUUUGAUCAAUCGUCUAGAACAUACACCAAUGACUUAAGUUCAACUGGUAUAGAUUCUACAGAAACUACUACACCGGUCGAUAGCUUACAUAUACCUGCGGUUUUGACACAGAACACGAAAGAGGCGUAUAAUAAGCUUUUCAGAAAUGAUACCGUCAAAGAAUCAAUGAUCACUGUGAAGUUGGCAGAUACUAGUAACACUGCACCGAAUCCUACAAGUGCAGUAAACCUGGCAUUUACUCAAGGAUUAAAUUUAAACCGAUCGUCGGCGGAAUUGAGAGAACUGGCUGCAGUCUUUACGCGUGCUUUAACCGCUUACUUGGACGACCCAGAGAAUUUCCGUAAAAUACUAGCCGAGGUAAGACCAACUGAACCACCAAGUGUGAAAACUAGUGCUACUGAAGAACAAGAAGUGUUAGAUUUUUCUGACGAUUCAAAGCGUAACCAAGGGAAACCCACAGAACCAAGUACACCAAGCCCAAAUUUAGCGGCUGAAAUAAACGGCAUGACGCAAAGUAUCAAUGUACAAGCAGACUUAUCAACUAUUGUUCCACAAUAUACCUUAUCACCAUUGAUAGAAAUCACAUCGAAAUAUACUGAAACACCAAAAGCUGGUCUACAAGAGUAUGCACCACCUGAAGAUAGCGAACAACUACAAUUGGCUGGAAGUCAUUCGUUUUAUUCAAGUAGAGAUAAUAGCAUUCCAACUCCGAAAACUUUAAAAGCAGCUGCCUCCACGAGAGCUUGGACAGUUUCUCCUUUAGUAGACACUGAACAGGACCAGGACAUAAAGGCUACCACUCCAUCGCCAGUUUACUUUACUACCACCGCAGAAGACUUAGAAACUACUGUAAUUGUACAAAGGGCAAAAGAAAUGUUCAGCCAUUUGAACGCGUCUGAAGCCGGAGUAUUGAUGAAUGUUAUGAAAACUGCUCAUGUCAAUGACACAGUUAAAAGGUUGGUUUUAUUGUUGGUCAACGACUCGAACAAAGAAAAUAGCCCAGAACAGACUAGACACAAUUUAAUCGAAGCAUUACUGGAUAAUAGGAGUACUGACCAAACGUACGACGUAUCGUCGUCAUCGCCGAUAACUACUUUCUUGCCGUCGUCCCCGUCGGAGAUUCCAUUCGGCCAGAGAAUACAGGAUGACGGUUCGCCGGUACAGGACGGACAGUACAAGAAAACCAGAAAAGGAACAAGGAGAAGAGUUGUGCACAGGAGUAGGUCGGUCCCCAUUUCCACCACUCCAAUGACAUCGAAUAAUUGGCAGGGGGGUAACGACGUGGGUCCGGGACUGAGUGAUGAUUCUGACGCCCGAGCAGUUGAACUCCUCAAGUCCCUUUACUCGAUCGCAUCCAAAUGGUCGUAAUCGGACGUUUAUACGUCGACGGUAUUUCCGUUCUGCCUGUGUCAUAACUGUGUGCAAAUCAAAUUAUUUACGAAUUGUCUUUAUAAUUUUAAUAUAAGUAUAAUAUUAUAUAUUGUAACCGGUUCGGAAAAAAUAACGAUCAAAGUCGAUAGAUCGUAAAAAUCGGACAGAACAAUUACAUUUUACCAAUACCAUGUACACAAAUAAUGUAUCACGAUUCUAUUUCGGAAUAAGAUUACCUAUUAUUUAUACGCUAUGUAUAUUAUUAUGAUGCUAAAUGCUCAAUUCAAAUCAUUGCCGAUUUCUAAAUUUCAGUAUAACUUUAUCCAAAUAUCGCACAACAAAAAUCAGAACGCAUCAUAAUUUUAUUAUUAUAUAAAGUCAUCUUUCUUGCCCGCUGUGAUGUGAAAUAGUAUAUUUGUGUAUUUUCGAUAUUCAACACUUAACAAUCAUCUAUCUUUCGUGACGAUCGCUGUACCUAGGUAUUACAUAUUAUCAUGUCUAUUUAGCGUUUAAAAGUAAGUUGCCAUCGCCUAGUACAGAAUGUAUUAUUUUAAUUGUAAAUGUCUCGACAUAACGAUACGCAUAAUGUAAAUUGACUCUAGUCCUCGGUGAAUUGGCGUGUUACUGUUUUAGGCUUACCUAAGACUUAUAUUCGUGUUGUAUACAUUAUGAUAUUAUUAUAUAAUUUGCUCAUAUAUCAAAAGUAGAUUUCUGUUAAGAUUCAAUAAUUAUUGUAAUUUUAAUCGCCUAUUGCGUAUAAUUAAUAUUGUACAAUGUACGUAGGUGUAUGUCAUGUAUUUUUGGUAUUUAAACUUAUAUACCUAUAUCUAAGUUAAAAAUGUAUUUCUCUAUUUAUCUUUUGCACGUUACUAUUCAUUUUACAUUAUAAGUUUAAAUCUUAUUACCUACCGAUAAUAUUAUUAUUAUUAUAAACACUUACUUAUUACUUUCUUUCAAGUUGUAACAAACGCAUCGAUUGUCAAUCUAUAAUAUUUCUACCAUCGAUCAAUGGAACAAGGAAUAUUAUAGGUAAUUAGUAAUUACUUAAAUCUAUAUACGGCGUGUUAAAAACUUUUUACAUUUUUUCCAUUUGUUCAUAAGCAAUGUCAAUGCGUGUCUAAGUGUGAAAUACACGUUACACGCAUAUUAUAUUACAUUAACUAUAGUUUGUAUGUAUAUUGAUUAAGGAUACUUUUAUAAUAUUUUUAAUAAUUUACUCACUCUACGAGUCAAGUUACAUUACAUGCCAUGUAAUAAUGUUAUCACAUUAUAUGUAUUAUGUAAAUCGCAUAAUAUUGUAAAUAAAAUAUAAAAAUAUUGUGUAUAUUUAGUAAAAA